AUGGAGUUCCGCUUCCGCGCCGGCGACCGCGGGCCCUCCUCGUCCGCCUCCGCCGAUUCCCCGCCGGCACCGCUCUCUCACCCCCGCGACGGCUACUUCGGUGGUCAAGGCGUUCAAGGCGCCCGAAUCCCUGACAACGCUCCCCAUCCCCUCCGCCAACCAGGGCCUCUGCCGCCGCCGCCGCCAUCGACCGAGUGGGAGGCGGCGCGGCGGGAAGGCAUUAUCCAGAUGGAGGUGCGGCGGCGUCUCAUCGAGGAGGAGGUGCGCCGCGAGUUCGAGGCCAAGGGCGACCUCGCCUUCGCCCGCGGCGGGUUCCUGCCCGACCCGUUCUUCCCUCCCGGCCACCUCAUGCCGCCGCCGAUGCAUCCGCCCCCGCACGCGCUGCCGCCGAUGCCUUUCGACCAGCUUGGAGCCUGGCAUGGCUUCAACCAGUUUGGGCCUCGCCCGCAAGCCGGGUUUGGGGAAAGGAUGCCGUUCCACUGUGAGGAGAGGAGGUUGUCUCCGCCGCGGCCGAAGCCGAAGCAUAAGCUCCAGCUGCUUGAGAUCGAGCCCUCCGGGAGACCUGAGGUGUGUAGGAUGAAGAGGAAGGCAGAUACAAUUGUUGGACCCACUGUACCUAAGAAUGUACCAAAGAAAGUACAGAAACUAACCAAGGACUGGAGCUGUGCACUAUGCCAAGUGAGUGCAACUUGUGAAGCUGGACUUAAUGAGCAUCUUGAAGGGAAAAAACAUAAGGCAAAGUUCGCCCAGUGUGGAACAAGCAAGGUGAUAACUGAUAUCAAAGACAACUUGCGGAAGAUCACCGGGAAUAAGAGUGGAAUAGAACCUUGCGAUGAACCUAAAAAAAUAUGCAUACUGGUAGAUGGAGAGUUGCAUGAAGUUGUUCAGAAGAACAACUACCUGUGGUGUGAUCGCUGCAAAGUCAGGUGCGAUAGCAAUGUGACCAUGGCUGGCCAUUUGCGGAGCAAGAAGCACAAUAAACGAAACAAGGUUUGGUCAUCGAUAGAGGCUGUGAGGAUGGAUACCAAAAUCAACGAAGGUUUGAGCUCUCCUUGUGAAAGUAAGGUAAAUACAAAUGACUCUACUGAAACUCAAACCCUAAUUAAGGGCAACAUAGACAUGGCCAUCCAAGUUGAGGAAUGUGGCCUUGUAGAAAAUCCAGUGGAAAUUGAGAAAGAAAGCACAAGCAUGGCCAGUGAGGUAGAAAGUAUAAACAUGGCCAAUAGAUCUGUGGAAACUCCUGUUGAAACUAUGAUGGAAAGCACGGACAUGACAAAUGAUGCGAGGCAUCUUUUGCCAACAGAGGAGUGACACUAUACCUUGAUGUUUACAUAUAUGCCUAGCUCAGUUUCAUCAUGAGAUCUAGCUUUUCCUCUUACCACCCGUACCUAGUGUAUAGGGUAACAAUAAUACAUAUGGGCAGUGUUUUCUUGUUAAGUUUCUUGACCAUUGGUAAUCACGUAUGACGUUAGAAAUCUUGCAAGUCUAUGGGUCCAGUGCAAUAGAUGGCUUGUAGGAUAUCUAACUUGAUUACUACUGUCCAAGCAACUUUGCAUGAGAACAUUGCUCACCAGAUCUUUGUAUUAUUAUGGGAUAUUUGAUCAUUUGCCACAUUUUUCUCUGAAAUUUGGUUAUUUGCCAGUUGCCACAGGUCACAGGACUACCACAUGUCAGUGACACAGGGUGUGGCAAAUAAUCAAAUUGCAAAUAAAAGUGUGUUAAAUUGUCACCCCCCCCCCCUUUAUUAUUAUU